AUGCCCAGCAUCACCAUCACUGAUGGCUAUACCUUCAGUAAUUGGGGCCCUCUCACCACCACUUUUACAGCACCCGCAAGCUGUGCGACUGCGACGGGUAAUUAUAUGAUUGGGGCCAAAUUCGAGGUUCCUUGCUUUCUAUUCCAGGCGCAAUGCUCCACAGAUGGAUUCUUUGGCUGUGUACUUACUGGCACGGCCUCGGUACAACAGACUCUCGACAGAAACCCUUCUGCAAUGUAUCAUCCAGAGUAUUUUUCACCAGGCCUGUAUUGCCCAUCUGGAUGGGCUACUGAGGGUAUCGCUGCUCGUGAUGCCAACAACUCCCUCAGCUCUGUUGCCCGAGGCUGCAAUUCAACUGUCCCGGAGUACAAGUUUAAGGAAGCUUGCGUGAAUCUCAUGCCAAAUGAAUAUGUUGGUAAAGCAACGAAGACCCUCGUCGAACACCAGACUACCACGGAGGAGCUCGUGGCUACUCUCACAGGGACUUAUCCAGUCACACCUAGUACGACCACUGUUGGUACCAUGGCUAUAUCUGAACUCGUUGGAGCCUCUGUGAUGCCCAUGUUAGCUCUUAUCCAUCAUCAGUCCGAUCUCAGCGAAACAGGAUCAGGGACCGUCAAAUCCUCACAGACUACGUCUACCUCCAAUGCGGCUGCAAAAGGUGCUCCGAGCCCGAGGACAUGGAAUAACUUGGGUGCGUUGUUUGGGAUAUCUGUAGCUGCAAUGGUGUUGGGUGCUGCUGUUGUACUUCCAUGA